UAAAGAGCCGUAUACUCUCUCUCUCUCUCUCUCUAGCUUCAUGGAUGACAAUGCGUUGAACAUGCGGAAUUGGGGUUACUAUGAGCCUUCCUUUAAAGGACAUCUUGGUCUGCAGCUUAUGCCGAGCAUGGCCGACCGAGACACGAAGUCUUUUAUUCCGAUGCGUCAUCCGAAUCUCUUGGCCGCUCCCAAUGUUGCCUUUCAUCAUCGUGACUGCGUUGUUUCGGAGGCUUCUAUACCUAUGAAUUAUGUUCGGGAUAGUGGGAUGAGCCAGAGGGAAAAGUUUUUCAACAUGAUACCAGCUAUUUCUCCUAAUUUCGGCAUUGUUCCGGAAACUCCGGCAGUUCAUUCGAUGCCGAUUUUGCCGCCGCCACUCGAUUCUUCAACGAAAGAUGAGAGGGUGGUUCGGAGAGUUGAAGAGCCACCAGCUAGUAAGGAAAGUGUUCAAUUGAAGAAAAGGCAGGGCGAGGCUGCUCCUAAGACGCCAAAGACGAAAAAGCCUAGGAAGCCAAAGGAUAACACCGAUUCUACCAUUCAACGUGUGAAGCCAGCGAAGAAGAGCAUGGACAUUAAAAUCAAUGGAUAUGACAUGGAUAUUUCUGGCAUUCCAAUUCCGGUUUGCUCGUGUACCGGAACCCCUCAGCAAUGUUAUCGAUGGGGUUGUGGCGGUUGGCAAUCCGCAUGUUGCACCACAAAUGUAUCCAUGUAUCCUCUGCCGAUGAGCACCAAACGACGAGGUGCGAGGAUAGCCGGGAGGAAAAUGAGUCAAGGGGCAUUCAAGAAGUUGCUGGAGAAACUCGUGUCGGAAAACUAUAACUUCAGUAUCCCGAUCGAUUUGAGGACCUAUUGGGCUAGACAUGGUACCAACAAGUUUGUCACUAUCAGGUAGAUUUAAAUAGGUGGCUACCACCGGCACAGCUCCAUCGCAU